AGUCGAACUCCGAACUCUGAACCGUGAGGACGUCGCGCGUGGCGGGAGAAAAGCUCGCUUUUUCGUGGUCAAAAAAAGAAAGCUCGUUUCAAUCGUGCAGGGAUUCUCAGGAAGAUUUUUGAGGAAGAUUUCUGGGUUUGUUUUCCUUAGGAAUUGGUGUUAAAGAGAGUAUGGGCAAGUAGAUCUUGUGGGUGGCUUGAGAACAACAAAAGUGUCACGCGAAUUGAUUUACAAUGGGCAAAGCUCAUUCACUUUCCGCGUGGUGGAAUCACCGGAAACCCUCCCCAUUCUAUGGUCCACCGUUUGGCGGGAGUCUUAUGUGAAUUCUUGGCGUAAUUGAAAAAUAUUUCCCUUGCCAAAAAAAAUUCCACAGACGGCAGAGUCAGCCCUAAGCAUCAAAAUUUUUCGUGUACAAGGUGUUAAAGUGUAAUUCCCUUUGAGUUUUCAUCCCUGUCGGAGGCUUUUUUUUCCGUUGUUACUGUGUGGUGUCUCGAAGUGUCGGACAGAGACUUGGAAGAAAAACAAGUGCAGACAAAAUCAACUAAAAGAAAGAUAUUGUGGAGAAAUUAUCGAUGGUGAGAACAUGAGUUGGAAGUUUGUGUGAAAGUUCAUGAAGUAUGAUCCUUCAUGGUAUGAUUAUGAUACUGAAGGAUGGAAAAAUUGCACCUGACUGAGAAAUACAUGAGCAAUGAGUACGUGAAUUUAUUGGAACAAUUGUUGAGGUGAAUUCACACCGAACAUCAACAACCUGUGACACGUGCAUGACAAGGAAGAAUGGAUGUUUUCAACUUUCUUCUCGCAGCAAUUACCUAUCAGCUGAUUGUCUACCAAGGUGACACGGUCUUAGGUGUAUCGUGGGAAAGUUGGUGGACACAUGAUGGAAUUUCAGGUCCCGCCUUUUGGGGUUUGAUCAACCCAGAGUGGUCGUUAUGCAAUAAGGGCAGAAGACAAUCACCAGUUAAUUUAGAGCCACAGCGUCUGCUAUUCGACCCAAAUCUACGGCCUUUACAUAUCGAUAAGCAUAGGAUAAGCGGCACAAUUGCAAACACAGGACAUAGUGUCAUUUUCACAGUCAACAAUGAAACGGCAACGGCCUACGAGGGACCUCAGAUUCCCGUCAAUUUCAGCGGUGGGCCCCUUUCGUACUUGUAUCGAUUCAAUGAGAUUCACAUCCACUAUGGCCUUCAUGAUCAAUUUGGGUCGGAACACAGUGUGGAGGGCUACACAUUUCCUGCAGAAAUACAAAUAUUUGGCUACAAUUCACAGUUGUACUCAAACAUAUCGGAAGCCUUAAAUCGUGCUCAGGGUGUUGUCGGCAUUGCAAUUUUGCUUCAGCUCGGUGAUUUGUCCAAUGCCGAACUGAGAAUGCUUACAGAUCAGCUGGAAAAAAUCCGUUUUGGAGGUGAUGAAGCGCCAGUCCGAAGGCUCUCGGUGCGGGGACUCCUUCCAGAAACGGACCACUACAUGACCUAUGAAGGUUCCACCACGUCGCCAGCGUGCCACGAAACGGUGACCUGGAUUGUCCUUAACAAGCCAAUUUACAUCACAAAGCAACAGCUGCACGCCCUGCGACGCCUCAUGCAGGGUGGGCCUGAUCACCCUAAGGCUCCGCUGGGGAAUAACUUUCGACCCCCACAGCCACUCCUCCAUCGGCCCGUUCGUACAAACAUUGAUUUUCGCAGCAAACAAAAUGGGAAAGCAUGCCCCAGCAUGUACCGGGAUGUUCACUACAAAGCUAACAGUUGGAGGCAACACUGAAGUUGUGUACUUCUCAUCCUCAUCAUCGUUAUCGUCACGGUGAAAAUCCCUAAAUGGUACCAAGAGGACACAUUCUCGAGUGUUUGUUGUGCACCAAAGAAACGACAAGAAAGCGAGACAUGAAAGCCAAAUAAGAAUUCUUCAACUUUUGGAGAAUUUCCUUCCUUGUUCUGCGUUUUUAGUCCCCCCCCCAAAAGCCUCCUCUUCCCCCCCAGAAGUUGCCAGAGAGUGAAAGACAUGAGAAAGAAGUAAUAUAAGGCAGAAAGUUUCAAAAAGAAAAAAAGUCAAAGGGCCACCUAAUGUCAAGUGAUUUUGCAAUUUAAUUGAUGAGAAAAGCUCCUGCAAAGAGGUAUGAAAAUUUCCAAUGAUUUUUUUCCCUUCUUGCGAAGGAGGAAAUGCAAGUGGAAUAAUUUUGAUGGGUUAAGAAAAAAGGAAAGUUGGAUUAAAUUCUUCUGUAAAUAUUAGUGUAAUUAAAGCAAAGUGGUUAAGAUAGAAAAAGAAAAGAAUAUCUUUCCAGCUGAAGAAUUCUCUGAAGAUAUUUAUUAAGUAAAAUUUUGUAGUUUUACCAGCUGCUACAAUAUACAUAUAGCUACUUAAUUAGAGGACUAAGGUAACGAGAGAUUUAAUCAAUUAAUACUAUGGGUUAAUCCAGUUACAAGAUGUAUGAAAAAUCAGCAGAAUUAAUGUAAAUGAUUGUAUUUACAUAUUUUGAAAGUGGUGCCCUACAGUUUAACUGGAGCUAUCUCAAUCUGUGUGAGGCAUAGGGGAAACAGGGGCACCGCCAAAUACGGGGAAGCACCAAACACUAAUUGUUAUAGUCUUGUCCUCUGAAGUCGAAUAUCCCAUUAAAAACUCGCAGUGUUUGGUGCUACCCCGUGUUUGGUGGUGCACCAGUUUCCCCUAUUAGUAUUUCUUCGAAGCUCUAAUUUAUGAUGAAGUUUUUUGCGGUUUUUUUUUAUAUUUUCAAGAAUUCUUUUCUCAUAUCCACAAGUUCCUGGUUUACUACAAUAAGUUUUUAGUACUUUUUAUCUAAAUUUUAGUACAAAGAUGAGAUCUUGUUACGAAAUAAACUAUCUGUUUUUUUUUGUUUUUUAAUUUAAAUAGACAAAAAUACGGAAAGAAAUUAUGGUACAAAAUUGAUUAAGUGUCUGAUAGUAAGUUAGUACAGUCAUGUGCUAAAUGGUUUAGAGUUUAUAAAUAAUUUGAGUCAACACCUGAAGAGCAAAUUUAGACCACAUCAGUGCUAAAUGCCUCUUAGCUUUCAUAUUCCUAUAAAUGAAUUCGAAAAGAUACCGAAGAUAUGGACGACUUUGUCCCUUGCUGUUUGUAAGUCUUUCUUUAAUUCUUUAUUUUGUUAACAUAUUAAACUUUUAAAAAACUGCAUAAAAAUAAUUUCAUCCAUCCCCCACGGCUUUCACUUUAAAUAAAUAUUUUUAUAGAGUAAAUUUGAAAGCUAAGCAAAUAAAAGGAACGAAACACCCGCAUCUGUGGUAUACAAAAUUUAAAAUAUUUAGCACAGCACUGUACUAAAUUGGAUCAUCAUGAGGUUUCACGAGUUUUCCAAGAUAAAUGUUUUCAAAAAGGAAAAAAAAAACAAAUUACAAAGUUUACAGAUGUACACUUUAGCAGAACUUGACGAAAUUCAUUAUGACACAAUUUAGUAUAGAUCUGUACUAAAUGUUUUGUACUUCAAAUCACUUUGAAUAAAUAAAUACGUAAAGAUAUUUGAAGCACAAAACAUUUAGGAAGUAUACUUGCAAUAAACAUAUUCAGAAUUUAUUUAUUGACAUGGAUAUAAAAGAAGAAUGUUCAAAGCGAUUAGCACAUGUUUGUACUAAACACACACAACUCAUAAUUUCUCAAUUGCUGCGACGAAAAUAUUUAUAAAGAAUAAGGAAUAUAAGGUUGGCAAAUAUGUCCUUCUGAGUAAAUUUUAGAGAAGUUUCGUAUAACCCAAUUUAGUACAGUCUUGUGCUAAAUGUUUUGCAUUUUUUCAGGAAAAUUGAUAUUAGGAAAUAUAAAUGGAAUAAUUUGAUAUCAUACAUUUUAUUGGAAUGUUUUAUUUGCAUUUUAUAUUUUAUAUACAACCUUAUCUGUACUAAAAAAAAUAGUCUAAUGUACUUUUAAAUAAUCUAACUUUUAAAAUUAAUUUUAGUUGAACAGUUUUUAAUUAACAAAAUUACUAAUUAGGGAAGAAUGCUUGAUUUUCCAAGUUUUGGUUUUUCUGCUGGAAUAGAAGAAUUCUUUUAUCAGUAUUUUCAAAAUGUAUUUUUUCCAAAAAUAAAAUAUUGAAUUAAGUUUAAAAUUGUGCUCCUUAAAUAUUCUAUACGAAAUUUGAGAAUUCAGGAGCCACGAAAAAUUUAGUACUUAAAGUAUAUUAUCAAUAAAUUCUUAUUAUUCAUUUUUAUGUUUCGAAUAUUUUUUUAGUACAGGUUUGUACUAAACACAAUUUCAAUUUCAAUUCCUCCAACCCUUUAAUUUAGUACACAAUUAGUACAGUUCUCACAGUCCAUGAUAUUCAUGCUUUUUGGGAAUGUAUUUGCUAAAAAAAAACCCUUUAAUAAUUUUCGAUUUUCAUAAUAUCAAUUGAAAUUGAAUCAUAAAAGAACCGUAAAUAAACUGAUUUAGUACAUGCAUGUACUAAAUUUUAAUUGGAGCUUCCAAGAGAUAAAGUUAGUUUUUUUUACAGAAAAAAAUAAUAAAUGUGUAACGUUAUCCAGACGAAGCUCUUCUCUUUUGCCAUUAGUAAAUAAAAAAAUAGUUGGAUGUAACAGACUCAUAAUUUACGUUAAAAGGCAAAUUUAUUUCCAAAACAACUGGAUUAACCCAUUGUGUACAAGAAAGAAGUGAAUGAACAGCAUAAAGUACAUAAUGAUGAAAGGAAUUUGUAUGAAAAAUGUUAGCAAUUAAAAUGAAAUCAAACAAUAAAAUCAGCCCGAAAGAAGAAAGGGGAAAAGUGAACAAAACUGAACGUAUGUUUAAGAUACAAUUUGUAGUAUAACUAUAUAAAAAAUAAAAUUGAUAAAAAACAUAUCAUAUUUUCCAUAAAAGAGAACAGACAAAAGCCGUAAUUAUUACAAAAAAAAACUAAAGGACAAAAUAGCUUGAAAAUUCCAAAAAAAAAGAUUCAUAAAUUAAGUGUUGCUUUCCGUAGAAAAUCCAUCAUAUCGUCAAGAAAAUACUAUCAUAGAAAACUUUAAGUAGGACUUAGAUGAGAUUAACUAUAUUCCACCAAGAAUAAAAGAAACUGAGAGAAGAGAUAAAAGUGGAAUUGCCCACUAUACCUAACAUAUCCUGUUUUCUUUUGUAAAGCUAAGUAUAAUACUUAAGAAAAUGGAAUAAAAAAAAACAAUGAGAGGCUUCCAGAUUAUAAAAAAUUUGUACGAUAGAAA